AUGGCUGUUUUCUUCUUCUUCUAUCCUUCGCUCCUAGAUCUGAAGACGAAGAAGGUCCGAACAAAAACCCUUCUUCAUCUCCAAGAAUACAACAAGGAUCCAUUACGAGUCCUAGUAGAUGGUCCAAUAACAAGGGCAAAGGCUAAACAAUUACAAGAUGUUGUUGGAGGGCUGAUUAGCGCUCAAUGGGAUAUGGAUCAAUUUGAUGAGGACAAGGAGCGACCAGUUAAUCUAAUUGGAGGGCAAGAGGCAUGCUAUGACCCGAAAGUUUAUCUAGAUUGGAAAAUAGCUAGGGUGAUGAGGUCAUUUGAAUGUCAUAGGUAUUCAGAGAGGAAGAAGUUAAGACUGGUAGUGCUAAAGUUUACAGACUAUGCUUCUAGCUGGUGGGAUAAGAUUAUAACUGAGAGAAGGAAGUAUGGAGAUGAUCCUAUAGAGUCUUGGAGGGAGUUGAGAAUUUUAAUGAGGAGGCGAUUUGGUGCUAGAAGUGUUGCUGACUACAAUCAAGAGAUGAAGAAGCUCAUGAUUAGGCUUAACAUAGAUGAGAAGGCCGAGAGGUCCAUGGCCCGGUUCCUUAGAGGCUUGAUUGCAGAAAUUCAAGAAGAAGUUGAGAGGCAACGUUAUGUGGAGUAUGAUGAGCUAGUACAAAUAGCCAUGAAGGUGGAGCAGUAUUUGCAAAGAAAGAAAAACCGAUUCCACAUGAGUUUAUCCUCUUGGAAGAGUAAGGAGGGUUCCAAGGAGAGAUUCCAAUCAAGGAAUGACAAUGGUAGACCCAAGGAGUCUAGAGACCAAAAAGGUAAGGAGAUUGCCGAAGGAAACUCUGGGCCGCGUAACAUCAAGUGUUUCAAAUGUCAAGGAAGAGGCUUUAUUACAAAAGUUUGUCCAAACAAGGUAAAUAUGACAAUCAAGAAAGGGAGGAUUGUUACUGAUUCUAAGCAAAGUGAUUCCAAGGAGGAGACCGAAGAGGAAUCUGAAUCACGUGAGGAGGAACUACUUGAAACUGAUAAUGAAGAAGUUUUGGAGGGACCAGUUGAGGGAGAUGCCUUGAUGGUAAGGCGCAUGCUCAACCUCCAAGCCACCGAGGAUGAAAGUCAGCGUGAAAACAUCUUUCACUCAAGGUGUUUUGUUCAUGGUAAGUGGCUAAACAAGGCGGGGGAUAUCAAGGUGAAUCAACAAGUUUUGAUUCCGAUCAAGUUGGGACACUAUGAAGAUGAGAUCCUUUGUGACGUAGUGCCCAUGGACACUACUCACAUUCUUCUAAGGAGCAAGAGUCUUAAUGAGCAUGUUAGACAUCUUAGAGAAGUGUUUUCUGCUUUGAGGAAAUAUAAAUUGUAUGCUAAUCUAAAAAAAUGUGAGUUUUGCACUUUGUCGGUACAUUUCCUUGGCUAUAUUGUCAAUGCCAACGGGAUUGAGGCUGAUACUGCUAAAAUUGAGGCUAUCCAGCAAUGGCCUACACCCAAGACGGUUAGCGAGGUAAGAAGCUUUCACGGAUUAGCGAGUUUUUAUCGCCAUUUUGUGAAAGACUUCAGCUCAAUUGCUGCACCGCUAACUGAGGUGAUUAAAAAGAACGUUGGCUUUGUGUGGGGUGAAAAGCAAGAGAAUGCCUUUAAUGAGUUAAAAGAAAGAUUGUGUAAGGCACAUGUUCUUGCUUUGCCUAAUUUUGAUGUUGUUUUUGAGAUAGUUUAUGAAGUUAAAUGA